AUGGUGACCAUGUUGACGGGCACCGAGGUGGCCAAGCACGACAACAAGGACUCGUGCUGGGUCAUCGUGCACGGCAAGGCCUACGACGUCACCGGGUUCAUGCCCAAGCACCCGGGCGGCAGGAAGAUCAUCCUCAAGUACGCCGGCCGGGACGCCACCGAGGAGUUCGACCCCAUCCACCCGCCCGACACGCUCGACAAAUACUUGGACAAGUCCAAGCAUCUGGGCCCCGUCGAUAUUUCGACCGUGGUGCGGGAGAGCAAGGCGGAGUCGCCCGAGCAGAACGAGAGGCAGGAGCGCAUCAAGAACAUGCCGCUGCUGUCCCAAGCUGCGGAUGAUAAGAUUAGAAACAAGUCAGCCUUCCAGCGAAUCUGGUUCAGGCUGCACAUCCUCAUCGACGUCCAGAAGGUCAACUUCACAACAACUAUAUUAGGCACCAAGUGCUAUAUCCCCUUCUAUGUGACGGCUACGGCGCUUUUCGAGCUGCGCCAUGUUGAGGGCGAGGUAGUGCUCACCUGGGCAGCGCGCAAGCACAGCAUCAUCCAGGUGAUCCCGACCCUGGCGUCGUGUUUAUUCGACGAGAUCAUGGACGCCACUGACGGCGACUGGGUACAGUGGCUGCACCUCUAUGCAAACAAGGACCGCAAGAUCACUCAGCACAUCAUCGAGCACACUGAAAAGCGCAGCUGCAAGGGCCUCUUCAUCACCGUCGAUGCGCCGCAGCUGGGUCAUCGCGAGAAGGACAUACGCAGCAAGUUCGCCAAGCAGGGCAGCAAUGUACAGAGCAGUGACGCCACAGACAACUCGCAGGGUGUGGCAAGGGCUAUCUCUAGCUUCAUUGAUCCUGGGCUGAGCUCGAAGGAUAUUCCUUGGUUCCAGAGCAUCACCAAGAUCCUAAAGGGUGUGAAGCAGGUCGAGGACGUCAUCAAGGCGAUUGAGGCCGGCGUCUAG